GAGGGACAGGAAACUUAAAACACGGCGUAUGUGGACAACAGACUGAACUAAGUCUGUUGUCCACAGCUGGUUUGCAGAUAUUAUUUUUUGUUUUUUUUUAUCACUCCUGUUUGUGACAGCAGUCUUAUGUGGGUGGCUCGUUUCAGCUGCUGCCUUCGCACUCAGCUCCGGAUAAAUGAUGGAGCUCCGGGUCUUUCACCGCUGCGACGAAUGAAACAUAGAGGAUGGAUGCAUCCUGGAGGAAGUGUUAACGUUGUUUCUUCUCUACUAAACACAUUUUUUUUUAAAUCUCUGGUUGAGAGAAAGUAUCAACUUUAAGAGGUAACUAAUUAGUAUAUUCAAAAAGUCUGAAAGUAGAACAACCGCUCCGGGUAGACUACUAUUGUCUAAGACACACAGUUUUGUUUCUUCAAGCUGUCUAUUUACCUCGUUAAUGCACUUUUACGUGACGUCACAGGUUGAGGUCAUCAAAGUCGGAACCUUCAGCUGGGUGCAUUUAUCUGCCAGGGGUCUUAACACCUCUGAUCCCAUCAGGUAACACUUAUUUUUUCUGACUGCUCCAUAUAUGAGGCUCACCAACAGAUGUGGCCAAUUUGGAGAGCUGAACCUGGAUCUGUUUGUGUUGCAUGGACCACUCAGCUGUAGUGCCAAGGGGGAGAUCUUGAUGAUGAAUUAAAUUGGCCCUCGUUGAUUCCGUUGUAAGAUGAGCCAGGGGCCAAACCUCGUCCUGCAGUGGCUCUCGAAGCUCCACCUGGCCCAGUAUGUCGAGUCUUUCCUUGACAAUGGCUAUGAUGAUCUAGAAGUUUGCAAGCAGAUCGGAGAGCCAGAUCUGGAUGCGAUCGGCGUUUACGUCAAGUACCACCGACACAAGCUGCUCACAGCCGUGCAGGAGCUCAAAGAGGAGGACAGAAGAAAACUACCAGGCUACUAUUUCACCUUGGAGCCACUGGGUGCCCCUGCAUGUCACCACACUGCCCAGUCUGACAGAGUGGGUAAACCUAGGUCACUGGGGUCACACACACAGACCACAGGUGUACACCAGGCUUCCUGUCCUGGAAACCACAACCUGAGAUUCACAGACUGCAAUGACUUUGUGACUUACCCCAAACUGAAGCUGAAGGUGCUGAUAAGGGACAAACUAGCAAAGGAUGGAAUCAACUUGGGAGAAGCACCUUACACCCACAAGGAUGGCUCUGUGGGGAACCUUGAUGACCUGGCUCAGGAGUACUCGCAGUACUACAGCACCUCCCUCAGCGACGUGUGCGAAAGGAUUGAGGAGCUACGGAAACGCAAAUUAGUACAAGAGAUGGAGAUGGGAAAGGUUGACUCAGCGGCCACAUCACCACACCUCCGCUCUCAGAUCCAGGAAUCUCUUGGACUCAGCAGUAGGACAUCGACUCCAGAGACUGAGAAAAGGUUUCCUGUGCACAAAUCCAGCUCAGAUGAUGGAUCAGGAGGGAAAUGGGAUGCGAAGAAGAGGAGCAAGUCUUUAUGGCAGAGUUUUCGCAAGUCACAGAAGGGGGUGAUGCGUCAGACUUCAAGGGGUGAUGAUGUUGGUUUCGUUGCCAGUGAAAUCACAAUGAGUGAUGAAGAACGUAUCCAGCUGAUGAUGAUGGUAAAGGAGAAUAUGAUCUCAAUAGAGGAGGCUCUCGCACGGCUGAAGGAGUUUGAGACCCAAAGUAGACAAACAAGCAGAUGUGAUCCCCCCGAGUCCCCAGAGCCCUCCGGUCCCGGGUUAAAUGACUUGUUCAGCUGCAACCCAAUGGAGCUGUCUGACAACGAAGAGGAAUCGCCAACGUUCAAAAGGCUGCACAAACUGGUCAACUCCACUCGGAAAGUGAAGAACAAACUGAUCAGAAUAGAUGAGUCCAAAAGGCCAGGAGUGGACGAGAGCCUAAAUGUAGAUGGUCUACCUUGUGGUGAUGGCAGCAUCCCCCUGCAUUCAGGUGUGCAGAGGAAACUAUUGGUUUGUCCCGUGGACUCCCUGGCUUCAGCUUUGCAGAAGCAACUCACCCCUGACAGGGACUCCGACAGCCUGACCACCUCCCUCUCCUCCAGCAGUCUGGACACGUGCAGCAGCCAGAAGGUACUCCAUGCCUGCGGGAAGAGCAGCGAGAGUCCCAUUCACCAGGAGUCCAGCGUGGCAGAGGAGGUGAGGCAGGCGGGCGAGGUCUCCUCCGUCUCUGAAACAGAGGGGUGCAGCGAAGAGGAGCCCAAAAUGGCACGCUCAGUGACCGACGGAGAGCUCCGUCACCGGGCACUGGGCUCGCUAAGCCAUCAUGGAAGAGCCUGCAGCUUUGGAGGAUUUGACCUGACCAGUCGCUCAGUUCAAACAGUCACUUCAGACCCUGACAACACUACAAAAGGUGGAGAGAGUGGUUUGAGAGGCGAAGUUAAGUCUCCCUCAACAUCACGGAUUUCGCUGGGUAAAAAAGUCAAAUCUGUGAGGGAAACCAUGAGAAAACACAUAACCAAGAGAUACCAUUGCUCUCUGUCUGAGCAGUCAAGUCCGGACCGAGUAGCCAGCUGCUCUCACUCGCCUCAGACCGACUCCGACUCUUUGGAGAAGCCCAAACUGAAGCCAGGAGGUUCUGUGGAGAGCCUGAGGAGCUCCCUCAGCGGGCAGAGCUCCAUGAGCGGCCAGACAGUCGGGACCACCGACUCGUCCAAUAGCAACAGAGAGAGUGUGAAGUCAGAGGAUGGAGAAGAAGACGAGUUGCCUUACCGUGGACCUUUCUGUGGACGCGCACUUGUCCAUACUGACUUCACCCCAAGUCCCUAUGACACAGACUCCCUCAAACUCAAGUGUGGAGAUGUGAUUGAUAUCAUCAGUAAGCCCCCGAUGGGCACUUGGAUGGGAAUGCUCAAUGGUAAAGUCGGCACCUUCAAGUUCAUUUAUGUGGAUGUUCUGAAUAAGGAGGUGAAGCCGAAAAAGACACGCAGGAGGAGAAAGGCCAGGCAUCCCAAACCCUCAUCUGUGGAGGAGCUGCUUGAGCGCAUUAACCUGAAGGAGCAUCUCGCCACCUUCCUUUUUAACGGCUAUGAGGAUCUGGACACAUUCCAGCUGCUGGAGGAGGAGGACCUGGAUGAGCUGAACAUCACAGACCCUCAGCACAGAGCUGUGCUGCUCACUGCUGUGGAGCUGCUCCAGGAGUAUGAAGGAAGCAGCGACCCUGAACGAAGCAGUCAGUCCGGAUCCUCACAGGAGAAGCUGUUUCUGGACAGGCGUGGAGUCCUGGGUGAUUCCCCGCAGGACUCAGGCUGCUACGAGAGCAACGAGAACCUAGAGAACGGAAGGCACAAAAAGUCCAUUGCAUCCAUCAGCAGGUCUUCAUUUGGAUUUGAAUCCAGCCACAACCCAUCCGCUGAGUCCCCCGUCUGCCCUUCCACAUCCACUUCCCUAAAUAAAACUCACCUGCCCUCCAUUGAACCAUCCCUUAGACCCCAGAAGAACUGCUUUGCAUGCCUAAACUCGGGAAAAGUCAUUGCUAGAAGUCAGAGCUUCACAGACCUUAGAAGAAACCCAGCACCUAUCCUGUUGCAGCGCUGCAUGUCCCUAAAAGGUCUCCACAAAGGGCAAGAGAGGAUGCAACCCAAGCCUGAAGACUGGGUUGUGACCACCACAAAGCCCGUUCAGGCCUCACACCACACUGGAAAUCCUCCUCUUGUGUGUAGAGCUUCUAACCCAGACAAGGAUAAUGUGUUUGCUCCCAAACAGACAGAGAAAACAGAGAGCAAACCCAAUAAGUUGCAGCAAGCUGCAGAAAAGUCCAGUCAACCAGACUUAUGCCAAAACCUCCUCCUAUCAGAAACCACCUGUAGGCACGACGGUACCGAUCAAACCUCUGCAGCGGAUAAGAAAAGUCGCUCAGUUUCGGCUGCUUCAGAAGCUAGACGACUAAAAAUGAGAAGAAAUACAAAGAUUUCCACACAUUUAGUAAAUGAGGAGUCUUUUGUGGAACAGAAGAAUCCAUUUCCAGCCUGCUGACCUAAAACUGGAACCAGUUUCUGCUAAAGUUGUGAUUUCAUGUGUACAGUAAGGAGGCUGUUUUUUUGGCUUUGCUGAUGCUGUAUCUGGAUAUGGCUUUUGUUUGUCUGAUCAUUUAGAAAAAUGUAACGGAAGAAAUCCAUGCAGUUUUCUUGUGACGUGAAAACAUGAACAAAGUUGAAGUAAAGUGCAGCACUUUUUACUAAAACUUUUUUUACAAAAGGUUCUGCAGAGGUUCAGACCAGAGUCCAGCAGUACCUCAGCAGCAAGGAACCAUUUCAUCAGAACAAAAUCUUCAGUAUUACUGAGGUUAUUGCAACUAAACAUAUCCAUGCAAUCCAUUAUAAUCUUCAGUUACAAACAAUUCUUGUUAUAUUCAUGUAAAUAUACCUUCCUACUGAAGAUGGAUGAAAGGUUUAAAGUUAGUAUUGUACUUAUAUAGGUAUGAUUUAUAUGCAUUUAAUGUUUAUUAUGUAGAUGUUAGACAUGUUAGCUGCAGCAUCAUCUUCAUGACUUUUCCAUCUGUUUCCCACAAUUAGUUUUUAUUAAUGUAAAUGAUAAAAAUGUUUACCUAUUCAUUAAUUCAAUUUAUAAAGUUUUCUUUAUUAAAUAUACUGUAUGUACCACUAUAAGUUUGCUAUUAAAUAAGGUAUUUAUGGUAUGUUGUAAAAUCUGUUAAUGAUUAGACAAAAAACUAAACUGAAAUAAAAUGUAUCCAUAGAUUACAACUUGA